GCAACUCAGCCGCCACAUUAAAUUAAAUUAAUUAAAUAAAUAAAAAGAAAUAGAAGCCCUAUGCAGUUUCACCUUCCUCCCACCGCCCUGGCCGCCUACUGUCUUCCACUCUUAACGGUGCCGGCGCUGCCGCUUCCCUCCAGCAGUUCGCAGUGAGUUUUCCACUAUCUCCUUACAGAUUUGCCCCUGUACUAUUUGAUCAAACUUGUAAAUAUCAAGAUCUUUUUGAAAGAGUUUGAACCAAGGAGAAGAAUUGGAGCACGUGAAACACUUCUUUCUGAUAUAAUAGCAUUGAAAGUUAAAGAACUUUUGCUGAAAUAUCAGGAUGGGGGAGAAAGUUGUCACUGCUAGUGGUAAGGACAGGUCAAUUCCCAGAAAUCUCAAUGUGCAUAAGUUUGUAGACUCUCGGGCAUCUGAGCUUGAAGCUCUUCAAUCCAUCGUUUUGAAUCGGAUGAAUAGUAAUACUUGUGAUCAAAGGUCAAAGAGGAGAAGAACUUCUUCUUAUUUAACUAAUGCUUCUAGGAAAAGGAAAAAUAAGAAAAUGAAAUUGGAUACCACCCAUCUGGAUUUAGCAAAAAACGAGAAGAAGGCUUCUCGGAAAAUACGUCGCAGAGCUGAGCUUAAAAUGAAUCAUGGAAUUGGAUUUUCUACUUCUGGGGAUGGCACCAAAAGGCUUAGAACACAUGUUUGGCAUGCUAAGCGUUUCACUAUGACUAAGCUUUGGGGUUUUCAUCUCCCUCUAGGGUUGCAGGGCAGAGGUAAGGGUUCUAGAGCUCUGCUGAAAUGGUACAAUGAUGGAGUGCUUAUACAUGAUGCUAGCUAUUACGUUCCUGUCCAGUUGGAGGGUCCAGAGGACUCUCUGAUUUCGAUUCUAGGAAUGGUGUUGGAACCAUCCAUAGUAUCUCAUUCUCAAGACAUUUCUCAUGCAAUUAUUUCUGGUGUUAUUUAUGGUAGAGCAAUUCUUCAUGAUAUCAGGGUCCUGGGUGCUAAUGCAAUUGCUCCUGUAACAUAUAUGUGGCGUCCAUGUCCUUGUCGAAAAAAAGAAAUCAAUGUUAAUAAUCAUAAUAGUACUGUAUUUAAGACAAUAGAUGGCAUAGACGCGUCUUCUACUUCACGCCAGCUUUGGGUUUGGUUACAUCCUUCUGCCUCUAGUGAAGGAUAUGAUUCUCUAAAAUUCGCUUGCCAAAAGGAGAUGGAUGAGAAAAAUAUCCCAAUUUACUGUUCUUCAUUAGAAGGGCAACUUGCAAAGUUGGAAGUAUUUGGCUCAAAUGCAUCCCAGCUUCUUGAAAAGUUUUUGCAUCCUAUGACACGUGCUUCACAGAAUCUUUGGCAGUUGAAAAAGCAUUCCACUGGGGGUCCAGAUGAUAAUUCUCAUUUGAAGACAUUGUUCAAUCGCGAAAAUGAGAAUUACAUUCCAUCAUAUGGAAUUGCAUCCAUCUCUUUGAAAGAUCCUCGAAUGCUACCGAAUGAAAAGACUACAGACGUUCAAGAUUCAACUUCAAUGCAUAACCCUGCUGAUUCCUCAGCAAUUCUUUCUGAAGAUAGAGAAAUUUCAAAAAGUAAUGAAAUGUUAUCAUCAUCUUUGGAUUCAAGAAUUGACGAAAAUGGUUUUUUACUUGAGAACAAGGAAUUGUGGGAUGCCAAAAGUGGAAUGAGGGCCCCUGUGGAAGAUACUGUUAUUUGUGCAGCAAGACAUCAUACACGGAUGAAUCGCUUUUGCCUCGAUGAACCGUCUGCAGAGAUGGCGAAAGAUCUGAGCUCAUUGCAAAGCUCAAGUGCUUGUCCCACAUUGCUUUUAAAUGAGAAUGACGAAAGCAGUACUCUUGUAAGAUGGUCAAUCAUAUUACCCGUAAGUUGGGUUAAGGCAUUUUGGAUUCCUCUAAUAUCUAGGGGGGCUCGGGCAAUCGGUUUGAGAGAGAGACACUGGAUUGCAUGUGAAGUGGGAUUGCCAUCAUUUCCUUGGGAUUUCCCUGAUUGUACUGCGUACUCGCGAUUCAUGACAAAAGAAUCUACCGCAGUUGACAACAAAGCUGAGUGUUCUUCUUCCUUUUCAAGAUCUUUUAGGGUUCCCAUUCCACCCCCAUGGCAUAGUGUCCAGUUGACACUUAGCAAGGGACUUGAUGGAGUGGAGAGCAAUGGAGCUUGUACCGAGAAAAAUAUGGCUCUCACCGAUUCAUCAUCGAUAUUUGAUGAUGCAAAUUGUGAAACUGCAGUGGUUGGUGUUCACGAUCAGAAAUUGUUCAACGGAAUCGUGGCUCGAACAUCCUCUUCAUUGUUUGAAUUUUUUAGUGAAAUAAACCUUGGGCAUUUGCCUCUAUUUCCUUGUGGACGAGAUAAAAAGGCUAGAAUUCUCAAGUAUCUUAACAACAAAAGCACACUAGAUCAGUCCAAAAGUAGUACCGACCGAAUAAGUUAUAGCAGCAAAUCAUGUUUCCUUAGAGUGAUUCUCCGCGCUUAUAAGAAAGGUGCGUUUGAAGAGGGAGCUGUUAUUUGUGCUCCCAAGUCAGCUGAUCUAUCUUUGUGGACUUCAAGAUCAGCAGACGACGAGAAAGCACUCCAAAUCCCCGAAUCUGCUGUAAGCCACUACUUCAAACUCAGAGAGCAGUCGCCCUCAAUGUGGGAACUACAAUUACCAGAAGAUGCUGCUGCUGGAGAAUCUCACAGGUGGCCCAUCGGCUUCGUCACCACUGGAUUCGUUCACGGAAGCAAGAAGCCGGUUGCGGAGGGUCUUUGUGAAGCAACGUUACUAGCUCAUCUUCGAGAGCAACAGUUCGACGGUAUGUUUUCAAAAAAGAAAGAACAAAUUUACGUGCUUGUUAGGAACUUAAGAUCUUCAGCAUACCGAGUUGCACUUGCUACUGUUAUCCUUGAGCAGAAGGAAAAUGAUUUAGAAUUUAUGUAACUUAAGAAUUGUAAUGUUUUGGUUCAUUCUUUGUAACAUGUAGAAAAUGUGGUAUGGUGAAAUAUCAUUGUAUUUUUAUAUAGUUUCUGGGUGAGCUUAAUUAGCUUCAGGUAAUGAAAUGUAACCAAUGAAUUGUCCAAUCAUUGAUGUGUUUUCUGUAAAGAGUACAAAAAUCAAUGGGAAUCUAAGUCUCUGGUGGAUUAGGGCAGAGAUAUCACUGUCUUCCCAG